AUGGUUGGUGAUGGAAUCAACGAUAGUCCCGCACUGGCAAGCGCAGAUGUUGGCAUUGCGAUUGCAGCUGGUUCGGAUGUUGCCAUCGAAAGUGCCGGAAUUGUACUGGUCAAGGUUAGCGUUGAGGUUUUGUUGUCAUAA